CAUGGCUGUUCAAGUAGCAAGUCUCUGGCAACCAAGUUCUUCCACAACCCCAACUCACUUGAACCUUCUUCAUUCCUUUGGAAGCAAAUCAAAGCCACCAUCUUCAUCUUCAUCAGCUCUCUCCGCUACUUCUUCUCUCUCAUCCCCAGCUCCCACUAUUCAGAUUGUUGGUGGGAGAAAUCCGACUUGGUAUGAAAACGGAAAUGCCAACGAUGCUUUUGAAGAUGAUUGGUAUGAUUUGGAUACUGACCUCUAUCACUGGACUAAGGCACUCCGUCCUGUUCAGUGGUAUCCUGGUCAUAUUGCCAAAACUGAGAAAGAACUCAAAACUCAACUCAAGUUAAUGGAUGUAGUGAUUGAGGUUCGAGAUGCGAGAAUUCCAUUGUCCACUAGUCAUCCACAGAUGGAUUUAUGGCUUGGUAAUAGGAGAAGAAUUUUGGUGUUGAAUAGAGAAGACAUGAUAUCCACGGCAGACCGGAAUGCUUGGGCGACCCAUUUUGCAAGGGAAGGGACGAAAGUUGUCUUUGCAAAUGGCAAACUUGGAAUGGGCGCUAUGAAGCUUGGGCGGUUAGCUAAAGCAUUAGCAGCAGAUGUAAAUGUCAGACGCAGAGCCAAAGGACUUCUUCCUCGAGCGGUACGAGCUGGGAUUGUUGGAUAUCCAAAUGUUGGCAAAUCGUCUUUGAUUAACCGUUUGCUGACAAGACGAAUGUGUCCAGCAGCUCCAAGACCUGGAGUUACAAGAGAACUGAAGUGGGUUCAUUUCGGGAAAGAUCUUGAAUUGCUAGAUUCUCCUGGUAUACUCCCAAUGCGGAUAAGUGAUCAAACAGCAGCAAUAAAGCUUGCUAUUUGUGAUGAUAUUGGAGAGAGAUCCUAUGGUGUUGCUGAUAUUGCAUCAAUUCUUGUCCAGAUGUUAGCAAGGCUUCCAUCAGUAGGCACAGAAACUCUUAACAAACGCUACAAGAUGGAUGCGGAUGGUUACUGUGGUAAAACAUAUGUUCAGAAGCUUGCAGUUCACUUGUUCAAUGGGGAUACACAUCAAGCCGCAUUUCGUAUUCUGACGGAUUUUCGAAAAGGGAGGUUUGGUUGGAUCGCGCUGGAGAGGCCUCCCAGAUGAUAUUAUUGAGACCUGGACACCUGGUGGUAGACCAAGACAGGACUGGUCAAGCUUUCAUCCGUUGUCUCACUCUUUGAAUAUCCAAAGAUUCCGAAUGCCAACAUAGAUAUAUACAUGGAUUAAGAAUUCUCCAUGAACUUGAAACCUCAGCAGGAGCUGUGAAAAGUUUGAUAGUCAAUAUCCUGAAGGAACUUGAGCUUUGUAUAGCUUAAUAAUGUUCACUGAGGAGACGACCGACGUAACUUUUAUAGUGAAUCUGGGAGAUAAUCUUCUCAGGCAAUGGUGAUCUGUAACAUAACAUGUUUGUAUUCAACACUAGGAUUCUCACAAUAUCAAGUUCUGUAAAUUAAAGAUACAAGUUUCUGUUUGUAGGGUA